UGUAGCGCCUUCCGAGGCUGGGUCUGAGAAUAUUGCUGAUCCACCCGACAAACGCGGCCCGAUGCACGCUCAUGUCAAUUUCGAGUGUCGAUUCGCGAAUCUCAUGACACUCGUCUUGCCUUUCCAGGGACGCGCGUGUGUUAGCCUCGGGUCACGCAGGCUUCUCGAGACAACGCGAGACUGUCGAAUACCGUAAUUGUAAACAGGGAAGUGUGACCGCGGCACGUGUUUGUUGUGCAUCGAGUGUCCAUAGUUUUCAAGUGAGUGCAUCGAGAGACAAUGUGCGUGACUACUCCGCUGAGCGCUUCCAAAAUACUCAAGGAUAAGCGUGCGGUCAGGACUAUUACGAACAGCACACAGGUGCAAGGAAUACCUACAGCCAGCAGCAAUGGGUUGAACAUAAGACCUCAGCACACCUCGAUCAUGAUGGUCCGCAUGAUCGGGGAUGAAUUUCUUACUGAAGAAAGGGAUCGAAAAUAUUAUGCAGAUCACUACACUUGCUGCCCGCCACCGCUGUUCAUCAUUCUCAUUACACUCGUUGAGUUGGGAUUUUUCACGUACUACACAGUAGCGAUUGGUGAAGUCAAUCCUUCAGGGCCAGUCCCUAUCGAUAGUGUAUUCAUCUACAGACCAGAUAAACGCCUCGAACUCUGGAGGUUCGCCUUCUACAUGUUUCUUCAUGCGGGUUGGCUCCAUCUACUAUUUAACCUGGGGGUGCAGGUGGUGGUAGGACUGCCUCUUGAAAUGGUACACGGUAGUCUGAGGAUAGCUGCGGUCUACAUGGCUGGUGUCCUAGCUGGUUCUUUGGGCACGUCGGUAUUUGAUACAGACGUCUACCUCGUAGGUGCUAGUGGUGGGGUUUAUGCCCUCCUCGCAGCACACCUCGCCAAUGUUCUUCUUAAUUACAACAACAUGGAGUUUGGAAUAGUUCGUCUCAUCGGCAUCUUCAUUAUCGCGAGCGCGGAUGUGGGUUUCGCCAUCUACGACAGAUACGCAGCGGAGCAGAUGGGCCCACCUGUCUCGUACGUGGCGCACCUGACUGGUGCGUUGGCGGGGUUGACGAUCGGACUUCUAGUGCUAAAGAAUUUCGAGCAACGCCUGCACGAGCAACUUCUCUGGUGGGUGGCCUUGGGCGUUUACGCAGCCUGCACGAUCUUCGCGAUCAUGUAUAAUCUGAUGCAUCCAGACUAUCCCUGACGUGAGGUCAGCUUCGCGUAUGGGUAUCCUCGUGACACGUAACGCGAAGCUCUAAUGGCGACGUUUCAUCGCUGUCGUCAUCGUCAUUGUCACAACACAUUUUCUUGACCUCGUCCAGCAACGAGAACCUAAAGCUCAUGCCAAAUAGAAAAGGGGAUCCUGAAGCUGAAGCAGGUCACGUAACGAACCAAAGAGAUUUCAAAGGAACCAGGAAGAGAAGAAAAAGCAGAAGCCCAUGUUUGAGAAAAGAAAAAUCUAUUCUCGGUCAUUUGAGUCAAACUGCGGGCUGGUUUAAGCGAUGACCAUUAAGGAAAAGUUUCGUCUUCGUCUACACAUUUAAGAAACAAGGAAUGGAAAGUACGAAGCUGUAAGGGCAGAGUGCGAAGAGUUCUUCUGGAAAGAAAAUAGUCAUCUUUCUCCUCGGAAUGAAGUAUAGUUUUCUCUUUAUUGAAAAUUACGGAAAGUACAAUUUGAGAAAGAGCUGAGAGGAAUCUAUAGGAACCGCUUUUAUUCUGUCGCUUACUUCCAAAUUAUCCAUCUAAAUUAAAAAUUGUUUAAAAUCACAGAACGAAUCGACGAGACUCUUCUUGAGCGCCUCCUAGGCAUUACAAGACUGAACUCUUUCGAAUUUCCCUUGUCGUACCGAGUAUGGACGCUAGAUAGAGUCUAGAUUAAGCGAAAAAAGAAGGAUAAUAAUCGCGAUAAUUGCUCUCGUUUUAUUGUUUGCGCAUAACAUCGUAGGAGAGCGAGCUCGGCAGAGUUCGGAACCCACUGUUGCUGUUUCGUUACCGCGCCGACGCUUAAUCCGCUCAUCGGUAAUCUGCCCGUGUAAUCAUUAUUAUACAUUAAUUGUAUAUCAUUGUAAAUACGAUGUACAGCAAAAUGUAGCGCAUAAGGAGCGUAAGCGCGUGCGUUCGAAAGGUUGGGCGUAAUUGCAACCUGACGAGAUGAUCGUGUCUCGUCGCGGGUCUUAUUACUAUAGCAAGGUGCCCGACUUUGUUACGUCCUACCAUGUGUAAAUGAGCGCACCCUUCAUUUCGGCCAGAUUAUUACCUUUGCCCCCUCCCCCCCCCCCAUUUCCCAUUGUUAUUCCCCGAGCGAAUUCACAUCCCACUUGUAAGAUUACACUUUUUUUAAUCAGAUGCAAGCGAAGCCACAAAUCUGUUGCAGCUUUCCUGUGUUCUUAAGUUAUAUGUAGUUCUUUGUAUUUAUUCACUAAUUUUCGUGAGUGACUGUUACAUAGAAUGAAAAUAAGUAAGCGAAAAAUACCUCCAGCGUAAAUAAUUCCCACUGCACAAAGAUUUUUAAUUCAAAUUGUUUCAAGCAAAUGGGUAUUCAUUUGAGACUGAAGGUCUUAUUUUUAUUAUAUUGUUGAUUAGAAUUGUUUUUCGUGCAAGAGAAUAUUGUUAGGGAGAAGAGCGCUUCUGCAAAUCACUAGUUUCCAAUUUUUAUUUCGUAAACUUUUAUGUCGAUCGAGAUUACCCUAGUUGAUCAGAAUUAAUUCUCAAUUAACAAAUUUGCGGUUUGUUUCAACUAAAAUACUUACGUUAUUUUACUCCUCAGUGCUUUUAAGAUCGAAGGAGACAUUUACUUUGGUAGAAUUAGGGUAAAUCCUUUUUUUUAAAUUCUAGAUAUUUUUAUUUCAAAAUUAGAACUAAGUGAUUUGAAGAAGUUAGUAAUCUUUUAGCCAGUUCAGGAUUAUAAUAAAUUUACUUGUUCUGUGUUUGACGUUUCAUCUGAUCCGUUUGUAUUUUUCAUUAAGUAUAUAAUUAGUUUAAUAUUGAAGCAAUAAAUGACUGCAAUUGUACUAGGUUUUCUUACGAAACGAGAAUAAUUCGAAACUCAGGUUGGAGAUUUACUGUACAGGGGGAUUUUUACGCGAAGAAGAAAAUAAAGAGUCUUAACGAUAGAAGAAUUAACCGAGAGCAAAUGAGAGUGAUGAACGAUGCUAGUCAAUUAGUGCCCGCCAGGCGACUGUACUUCGCGCUAACUCAAGGUAUCGCAGGGUAACCUACUUAACCCCUGAAGAAGAAGGUGGAUGAAGAGUGGGAUGAGAAGCGUAAAGAGGAAGUAGAAUUAGAGGAGGAAGAGACGUAGUCAGACUUGAGAGUUACAGCAGUGGUAGCAGUACGAGCAGGAGAGGAGUAAUUACGCGUGAAUAAUUAAAUCUGUACCACACUUAAGCGAGGCAAGAACAAGGCGGCAGCCGCGACCUGCGGUGCAAAGACCCGCUUGUUGCGCAAUCGACCUCCUCCUUCUACUAAUUCAUAAACUGCCAACUCUACGCCAGCCUGCUGUCUGCCUCCCUACCUGCCUGCCUGCCUGCCUGCCUGCCUGCCUUACCUCUUAAAAAACUAGCACUCUUAUUAUUAACUGAUCCUAUUGCAAAAACAAUGUAACAAAUCUUUGAUCGUUAAGCGCUGGCAAAAUGUAUGUUUAUGAUCUAUAUCUAUUUAGAAAUUACCACAAUGUCACUCUAGCGUUGAUUAAGUGUGUUGUAGACUCUAAGGAACCCUGUUUUGAAAGUUAAGCAUCUUCAUCUUUAUCCAGAAACGCAUUUUCUAGAAUUGUGCAAAAUGUUUGAAACUUAAACGGGAUGAGUCGAGUUUCUUAACGUUCAAAGAAAAAAUUCGAGUUUUAUCCUCAAGUUAAAGAUUUCCGGCACUCGAAAAGGUUCGAGUAAUUGAAAUUGUGUCAGUACUUGAAAGGUUUUCAGUUUCAUCUUCUACUUUCUACUCGAUUUUAUCAAAAUUUAAAGCUGCGAUUAGCGGGGUUUCGUGGUAAAACUUUAACUAGACACAGUUUUCAUAAUGGUUUGAAAUUUGCACUUCAACUUGAAUGGUUUCCAGUUUGAUUCUAAUUUGAAACUCACCUCAAAUUGAAAUACGCCAUAUAGUAGGAUGAAUCGAACAUUUUUUCCUCCAAUAAGUCCUACAGCCUAUACAGUUUUGGAUCAAUUCGAGAAUUUUCUUUUUCUUUUCUUUACGGCGUUUUUUUUGUAUCAUUAAUUUUGCUAACUUACGAUUGGAAAUUUUUUUCUUAAACCGCUUUCGGUUGCUGUAAAAAAAUUGUACUCACAAAACUCUCUAAAAAAUUGGCAAUAAAAUAACAAACAAUUUUUUUCAAAAUAUUUACUUUUGUUUAGAUUCGGUUUUCCGUUAAUCAUCUGAAUUGCUUCCAGCUAUUUUUCUGAGUCAUUUUGAUACUAAUCAUUUUUGUAAACAAUUUUCAUAAGAAAGAGGAAAAGUGUGAAUUUUGUAUCAUACAAAAAUUUUGUUUCUCUCUUUCACUGCUUCGCAAGGUACAAACAGUAACUAGAAGCUUUAACAUCCCGCGAAUAAGAAAAACUUUAAAAAUAAUAUCUUAAAAAAAUUUCUAUUCAUUAAAAAUAAGGAAUUUAUUUAUAGAACGAUAAUAAUAUUGAUUAUUAUUAAUUGACCAUAGAGUUUGACACACAAAAUUGAACAUAAAGUGCUGGUAAUUAUUAUGAUUAAUUAUUUAUUUAUUUUUUCUCC